AUGAAUACUACAUUUAACCAAACGGACAGUGGAAUCUUCUCCAACCGGACUGAGGAGAUCCUCCUGUGCUGUAACUUCUCGUCGGUGGUGACGGAUAACGGCUUCACGGCGGCCCCUCCGGAUGAGAGGAGUCUCUUCAUCAUGAGAAUAGUUCAGAUAGCGGUGAUGUGUGUCCUCUCCCUCACCGUAGUCUUCGGGAUCUUUUUCCUUGGCUGUAACUUGCUGAUCAAGUCGGAAGGGAUGAUAAACUUUUUGGUAACAGACCGGAGACCUUCCAAAGAGGUAGAGGCGGUCAUCGUGGGCGCGUACUAG